AUGGUAUCACUUUUACUCAAAUUAGACCCGAAAAAGUACUUGAAAUCAAAUUACAAAAUUUCAUCACAACUUCUGUCUAAUUUAGAGAGACAACUUGACAAGAACAAUUUGUUAUCUAAGAAAUAUACGGAUUUCAUGCUCGAGUAUAAAGGUUUGACUCAUAUGGCAGAAUCGAAUCAUUUGAAGGAGGACGGUUACUUUAUACCACAUCACGGAGUUUUCAAAAAAUCAGACCCUACAGACAUAUGGGUUGUUUUCUCUGGCUGGCGCUUCCAUAAAGUAGCAUUCACUGCUGAUGUUGUCAAAAUGUACCGACAAUUUUUGAUUUUACCUGAGGAUCGUGUGUGGCAAAGCACCCUUUGGCGCGAUGACCGCAAACAGACUCCCACAUGUUUCGACAUAAACACAGUUACAUAUGGUCUGACCUCAUCUCCAUUUAUCGCCUUGCUCGUUCUUGAACAACUAGCAGUCGAAUAG